AUGAAGCUACUACAUUCCUAUUCAAGAAUAUUUCAACGAUCUUUACAUUACAAGUAUGAUCCCUUGAACAUAGCCUUUUUUGGAAGUGGAAAGUUCAGCGUCGCCAGUCUAAAUAAAAUACUUGAUUUGCAAAAGCGAUGUCCAGAAAAGAUAUCUACUAUCAAAGUAAUAACUAGGACGAUAAAGCCCAGCGGGAGGUACAUGAAGACAUUUUCGGAACUUCCUGCUAGCGAAUUUGCAAUAAAACACAACAUUCCAAUUUUACGGGCCGAUUCCUCAAAUGAUAUUCUCCAAUUGGUGGAGAGUAACGAUUUUAACUUGACGAUAGCUGUUUCCUACGGUAAGUUAAUUCCUGCUGCGUUUUUAAACAAUUGCAAGUACGGAGGAUUGAAUGUACAUCCAUCGCUACUUCCAAAGUAUUCAGGCUCAUCUCCUAUACAAUAUGCCUUGCUCAAUGAUGACAAAACCACUGGAGUCACUGUUCAAACCUUACAUCCUACGAAGUUUGAUCAUGGGAAUAUAGUGGCACAAUCUGAGGAAAUGGAGAUCGAUGAUGCCGAUGACUUCGAUAGUCUUUCUGAAAGACUUGCGCAAAGGGGAGGAGUGCUUGUACUGGAUGUAAUUGAUAAGGGUCUCUUCCUCGACGCGUGUGUGCCAAAUACUUACCAACGAUCAUUGGCACCAAAAAUUGAUAAAUCCAAAAGCCAGGCACUAUGGCGAAGUUACACAGCUAGACAUAUUAAAAGACUAUAUGACGCUUUAGGGCCGGUUUACACGUUUAUAAACACACGAACAAAGAAAAAGGGUCGUUUGGUAGAAGAAAAAAAAAGAGUAAUAUUGAGCUCAUUAACUGAGAUGGAUCGUGAACGUAACGACAUUCAGUUACAUCAACCAGGAGACUUUACUUUGGCUAAAGAUGGCUUGUGUAUCAAAUGCAGAGAGGGACUCAUUCUUGUGCAAAAGAUUAAAUUACAAACUAGAGCCAAUGAAUCUCCUGAAAAAUUUAUGGGUUCUUAUCAAAAGACUGUGGGUGAUACGCCUCAACAUUUUAUAGACUAA